AUGCGGGGCGCAUCGUUGCGGCAGCUCAGGCUGUUGCAUGGCUCUGCUGGUGCCCCCUAUGCGAGGCAAUUGGGUCUGUCCGUGUCGUUGUCGCGUCAGGAACAGUCACUGGGAGCUGUCGACGCGGUGAGGACAUGCAUGCGGUCCUGCAGCUCGAGGCCGGGCCGAGGCCACGAUGUCGGCACAACCAACCUCACACCAUACGCUCACUUGCAACCAACACGGCGACGGCAUCUGAGCACCUCUGCAGCCCAGGGCGAGGAGGCUGGUCACGGGAAGGACGAGGAUACAGGCACCUACAGCGAAGCUGAUCAUGAACACGCCGUCAUCUCGACUUUCGACCUGUUCUCCAUCGGCAUCGGGCCCUCCUCAUCUCACACUGUCGGGCCAAUGCGAGCUGGGAACAUCUUUGUGACGGAUCUCCUUGAGGCUGGUCUACUGCACAAGGUCCACAAGAUUCGAAUCUCCAUCUAUGGCAGCUUGGCCCUCACCGGUGAGGGCCACAUGACUCCGUCUGCCUUGGUCCUGGGCCUCGAGAGUGCCGAUGUGGAAUCCGUUGACACCGCCUACGUGCCUGCUCGUUUCGCUGAGAUCAAGGCCACCAAGAAACUGUUCCUAGGUCAGGGCCUUCCCGGCGGCAAGGGCAAGGAGAUCGACUUUGACUACGACACAGAGUUCGUCUGGGAAUGGGGCCGAAAACUGCCCAUGCACAGCAAUGGAAUGAGGUUCAUGGUCUUCGAUGAGCACGGCGACAUGCUGGCAACCAAUGACCUCUUUAGCGUUGGCGGCGGCUUCGUCGUCAACGGAGCUUUAUCCACUUCAGCAUCUCACAAGGAGCCAUCCAUCUCGAUGGACAAAGAUUCGGGCGCUCCAACACCAGGAACACACCCGAAGGAUCUGGGGGAAAACCUGUUUUACAAAGAAAUUAGACGGUCCGACGCGGCUGGCGACCGAAGAAGUGGUAUAGAGGUCAAGCCAAAGGAAGAUGCAAAGCUCUUAGAGUCAGGUCAGGCUGAGGACCAGGCCGUCGUCGUCUCUUCAGGGGGAGAUGCACAGCAUGUGGCAGGAUUAGAGGACGACACCGGCGGCGCGACACAGCCAAGUCACCCCUUCCGAGAUGCGACCAGUCUCUUGGCUCUCUGCCACAAGCACAACCUCACCAUUGCGCAAUUGGUCUACGAAAAUGAAAAGAGUCACGGAUAUACUGAUGAGGAGAUUUAUACUAAGAUCAUGCGCAUUUGGCACGUCAUGGACCACAGUAUCCUCGAAGGCGUGCAAGCCUCCGCCGAUACGACGCUUCCGGGAUCUCUGAACCUGCAUCGACGCGCACCAGCCUUGUACAAGCGACUCACCCGCGGUCUAUACCCGGCAAGCGCACACAAAAUCGCCUCUGCUGCCGAAGCCCCUGGGCAGAGCAGACUGGAAGGCACGACUGGCAUGUCCGGGUCUACAAAUCUGACCUCGACGGCAACAACACAGUCAAAGAUUACGACGAUUCCAAAGCGCGGCCCGCCCCGUGUCCACGGCUCCUUCAGCCACCCAGUCAUGCCGUCUCCUCUGCGCCGCACCGAGUUCCCGGCGAUGGACUACCUGGCCGUCUACGCCAUGGCAGUCAACGAGACCAACGCAGCCGGCGGCCGGAUAGUGACGGCCCCGACCAACGGCGCCGCGGGGAUCAUCCCAGCCGUGCUGAAAUACACGGUCGAGUUCAUCAGCGACGACCCGGAGCGCGACAUCAUGACCUUCCUGCUGACCUCCGCCGCCAUCGGCAUGCUCUACAAGCGGGGCGCCACCAUCUCCGCCGCCGAGGGCGGCUGCAUGGCCGAGGUGGGCGUCGCCUGCUCCAUGGCCGCGGGCGCCUUCGCAGCCUGCAUGGGCGCCAGCCCGGAGACGAUCGAGCAGGCCGCCGAGAUCGGCAUCGAGCACAACCUGGGCCUGACGUGCGACCCCAUCGGCGGGCUGGUGCAGGCGCCCUGCAUCGAGCGCAACGCCCUCGGCGCCAUCAAGGCCAUCUCCAGCGCCAACCUGGCCCUCAGCAGCUCCGGCACCGCCAAGGUGCGCCUCGACGAUGCCAUCCGCGCCAUGAGGCUCACCGCGCAGGGCAUGCGGAAUGAGUUCAAGGAGACUAGCCUGAGCGGACUUGCUACGAGCGUGCCGUUUAAUAUCCCCGUCAGUGUGCCUGACUGUUGA